UUCUGCUUAUGAAAAUUACCGGUCGAAUAAUUUAUAUAAUUGUCAUGAAGAGUCUCAGCGCAGUUUGGAACAAACUUUCAGAGGAAAGUCACUGAAAAAUAAAGGCGAUUUUUCAAAAGUUAGUUAUUUUUUAAACUAGCAGGGUGUUAAACCUUUUUUAAUAAAACAAUUUUAGGUGUUAAACCAAUUCUGUCGUGCAAUUUCUUCGUGUGAAUGUCAACAAUGGCGGAAUCGACUCCUUCAAGUUCUUUGGAAGGCAAUGAAUAGAAUGAAAUGAGCGAACAAGCCCAACCAGUUCGUGUUACGUUUGAUGAUGUGUCAACAGCUCAGUCAAGAAUCCGAGGUAGCGUGCCUCAAACUCCUUGCGAGUACUCAAAAAUGUCUGAUGCACUGGGCAUGGAAGUGUAUUUCAAAAAAAAUUACCUUUUACCCACUGGAAGUUUUAAGGAAAGAGGAGUAAGAAAUGCACUAGAAAUGCUAUCUGAUGAUCAAAAAAGAAAAGGGGUGAUAGCUGCCUCAGAUGGAAACCACGCCUUUGCUCUUUCAUACCACGGGCAACAACUAGGCAUUCCAGUCACGAUUGUCAUGCCAGAGAAUGCACCAAUUAACAAAAUUGCAUCGUGUGAAAAAUACGGCGCCACUGUACACGAGCAAGGGACGGAUCUCCUUGAUUCAGAAAACUUUGCCCUGAAAAAAGCUGCGACUAAUGAAUUGCAAUACAUCAACAGAUGCGACGAUCCCAGCAUCAUUGCAGGAGCCGGAACAAUGGGUCUGGAGAUUAUACAACAAGUAAAAGAUGUUGAUGCUGUCAUUAUUCCUGUAGGUGGUGGCGGGCUGAUUGCAGGUGUUGCCGUGGCAGUGAAGGAGCUAAGUCCAAAAACCCUUGUCAUAGGUGUCGAAUCGGAGCGCUGUGCAAGUUUUACUGCUGCAAUGAACGGUGAACCAGUAAAAAUAGGUGUGAAUCAGGCGAUAACUUUGGCUCCUGGUUUAUGCGUUUCAAAAGAUAGCAUAAAUGCCUUUCAUACAGCAGAACCUCACAUUGAUAGAAUGAUCACAGUACAUGAAGAUUACAUCGCACUAGCUGUACUACGAUUGCUCGAGGAAGAGAAAGUUACAAUUGAAGGUGCUGGUGCAGUUGGUCUUGCUGUCUGCCUUACAGAACAAGUGCCCGAACUAAAAGAGAAAAAGGUUGUCAUUGCUCUUUGUGGUAGGAACAUUGAUUCAAUUGUGUUGGGAAGGUGUUUGGAUCGUGGCCUGGCCGCUGAUGGUCGUUUGGUGCGUUUCGUGGUCACAGUAAGUGACAGACCUGGAGCGAUAGCUGAUGUCACUCAACUGGUGGCCAGUGUUGGAGCAGACGUUAAAGAUAUUUUCUACGAAAGAGCUUGGUGGCUUUCAAGUGCAUUCAGCGUCCAGUUCAAGAUUGUGGCCAGGGUACGAGACCGUAAUCAUGGAAAAAAACUCAAAGAAGCUUUGAUUUCAAAUUACAGCAAGGAAGAAGUGAAUUGGCCUUCUUUCGAUAACGGUUCUGGUGAAGGGGAAUAUUUGCGUUAUCAAUCAGAUAAGAGGGAUAAUGAUGUUGACAUCGCUGCCAAGCCUUCUGAGAAAGUGCCAAAUACGAAUAAUGAUGUUGACUUCACUGCCGAGCUUUCCAGAAAAAGGCCAAAAUUGCAGUCGCAAGAGUGGAAAUACAUAGGUGAAUCAGCAAAACAUAAAAAAAUGUUUUCUGAAAUGAUCAAACAUUGGCCGAAAGCGAGAGAAGGUAAAAAAAGUGGGAGAUGUGCGUGUGAUUUUCUUAAACGAGUUUUGCAUUGGCAGAGGAAGCGAUGGAAGCCGUGUUUUUCUUGGACUGAGAAAGGAUGGUUACGGCAAGGCAGUGAAACGAAUAUUUCGAGAUAACUGUAUUGAUCUAGCUCAUCAAGAAAAGAAAAUUUUGAAUGAAUUCAACGCAAAGAAGUCAAAAUAUGUUGUGAAUUAUUCCUACUUAGAAGAGGAUGUUGGAACGGAAUAUGUCUAUUUAAUAUUAGACUUAUGCGAAGAAUCAUUGGAGAGUUUUGUGAAGUUUUCUACUUUGCCUGAUCUUC